AUGGAGGCGCGCGGCGGCGCGCGCCCGCGCGCGUUCGCGGCGUUCGCCCCCCGACGAGGCCGCGAGCGCGACCGCUCCGCCGCGCGUCCUCCUCGGCGACCGCGGACGACGCGGACGACGGCGAUCUCGGAUGCCGCCGUUCCGAAUCCUCCGCGCGAAGACGCGGACGCCGCCGGCGCGCGGCGCUCGCGGCCCGUCGGCGACGCGUGGGCGGACCUCGCGCCGCCGCGCGCGAACCCGAACCGCGCGCGCGAGCUCGCGCAGACCUCCGCGGCGACGCCGACGCCGACGCCGACGCCCGGCGCUCGCGACGCCGCCGCGUCGACGUCGAGUUUCCGAGCCGUCGGCGUCGCCGGCGUCUCGAUCCCCGUCCCGACGCCCACCCCGCUCGCGCUCGGCGUCGGCGGCGCCGUCGUCGGCGUCGCCGCGCUCGCGUCCGCGCUGCGCUCGAACCCGAGAGCGAAGGAAGAGCUCGCGCACCUCCGCGCGCUCGCGGACCACCGCGCGGAGGUGUUGCGGGCGUUCGGGACGGGGCCGCGAGGGGACGACCGAGAGAUGUUUCCAGUCGUAUGGCGAUACGCGGCGCAGAUAGCGAGCGAUUACGACGACGUCCCGGGGCUCCCGAGAGGCCUUCCCACGACGUCGAUAUACGCGGAGAUCGUGAAGACCGGCGCGAUCGGCGCGUACGCGUCGCUGUACGAUAACGUCAAGAACGUGAACGUUUUAGGGCACCCGGUGCGGUUGCGAACGGAGGCGGAUUUGACGCACAAGCCGCCGCGGCCCAAGGCGGACGCGGACGACUGCGAGCGGUUCGUCGCGGCGGUGCUUCGGGGCGAGGACGAUGACGACGCGCGCGACGACGUCGGGAUCGGGUGGCUCGUCCCGAGGAAGCUGGAGAUCAUGGCGUACAGGAACGCGAUGGUGACCGCGAUAUAUCUCGUCGAGGACACGCUGACGCACUUCGAGGCGCGGUUUUUCGGGACGUCGUAUUCGUUCGAGUUCGCGCGCGCCAGAGAAGGCUGGCGCGCGGGUCGGAACUUCCCGAAGCUCAGCGACGCCGCGCUGCGACGGCUCGCGCGGGAAGAGAUCAAGACGCCGAUGUGGCUGAGGCUCCUUCCCGGGGUGGAGGCGAACGCGGGGAAAGUCGCCGUCGCGCUCGCCGGGGAAGUCGUCGGGUCCACGGAGAUUAACUUUCUCGGGCUGCCGCUGAGGUUUUCGCUGCAGCCGCGACCGGACGAGGCGUUCUCGUCCGACCUGGGACGCAUACCGAGCCUGUCCGAGGCUGGUGGGCUCUCGACCGGCGGCGGCGAGCUUCUCCCGAGGUUCAAGAGCCCGAAGAAGUUGCUCGCGAAGUUGGUCCAUCGGGACGACGGCGAGCGCGCGGCGCGAGAGAGACGUCGCGAGAGAGACGUCGCGCCCGGAGAAACCGCCGCCGGCGUGAAGACGAGCGCGGAGACGACGAAGAUCAUCGAAAAUUACGUCGACGCCUUUUUGGAAAACAGACCGAGGCGAGGCUUAGAGCGCGCGAUCGACCCGUUUUUCUUCGGCGCGAAGCUGGAAAGGGAGACGUACGUGGGGUUCCUCUCCGCGAUCAUCGGUACGAUCGAAAACUCUGUGAUUUGCCAGCUCUUGGGCAUGGACGUCGUGUUAAACGUCGCCGGCGGCGGCAGAGACGAGAAGAGCGGCGCGGUGAAACCUCCAAACCUCGCCGCGUUUAAAGUCUCCGCGGACUUCGGGGACAACCGAAGAGAGAUCGAGACCCUCGUGGACUGGCUCAUGAUGGACCCGAUGUACAACGUCCGCGCCGUCCCGGACGCGAUCGAGCGCGCGAUUUACGUCAACGCGUUCGAACUCCUCACGAACAUUCUCGCGGGGGCGCUGAGCACGCUGCAGAUCGAACUCCUCGGGCAAGCCGUGCGGCUGCGUCUGCGCGAGUCCAACGCGGUGGGCGGCGCGACCGUCGGCGCGUCGAAGAUGGCGCGGUUCCGCCCGGACGCGGAGACGUUGCGAAGGUUCGCGAGCGAGUUCUCGGCGGUCCCCGCGUUGCAGGACAUCAUGAUGAACGUCUACGCGUUCGUCCUCGCCUUCGCCGCGUACGAGCUCGGGCAGGUGGAGCUCAACCUCGUCGGGCGGCGUCUGAAGUUGGCGCUCGCGACGCCGUCGGACGCGGGCGAGGAGGAAGGGUUACUCGCGGCGGCCGUCGCGGCGGAGGAGAGCGAAUUCAACGCGCGGUUGAGGAGGGCGUUGGACACGCUCGUGGAGGAGAUGAUCGACGUCGCGGACGCGGACGCGGGCCCCGAUGCGUCCGCGGGCGGCGCGGCGACGACGCGCGUCGGAGGCGCGGCGCGACAGACGAAACAGAAGAAAAACGCCUUCUUAAAGGGCGUUUCCGGCGUGUUCGCGUCGUUCGGAGGGACCGCCGACUACGACGACGAGGAGGAGGAGGAGGAGGGCGAGGAGCGGCGACCUCGGGACGUCGACGGCGUCGUCUACGCCGUGUUUCUCGCGCGUCACGCGCCCGCGACGGACGAGUUCCCGUUCCCGCAUCUCACGCCCGAGGACUUUCGCGCCGCGGUGAGCGACCUUCUCAAGGCGCUGCGGCCCGAUCGAGGCGGCGGCGUCGUCCCCGAGGCUGCGGUUCGAAGAGUAUCCGACGCCGCGGACGUCAACGGCGACGGCGUGAUUCAGUGGGCGGAGUUUUAUUUCGCGGGCACGGAGCUCGCGGCCGUGAUCGACGCCGCCGCCGAGAAGAGCGGCGAAGCGUGAUGAGCGACGCUUUUCCGGGUUUUCGUUCUUUUAUUUUUUCUCAUCGAAUCGAAAAGUGACCGCGCGCGCGCGCGACGCGCC